AUGGCUCAUGGUUUAAAAUUUUCCCCGAGAACUUUGUCAAAAUACAAGCACGGCGUAGCGUAUGUAUCAAAUGUAGAUGGAAGAGGCAUUUUCUCUGUUUAUGGAAUUUUCAAGAGAGGGCAAAAACCUUCAUACGACCUCGUGAAUAUUUUGUGCUACGUUGCGGGUGAAAUUCGUGAUGGCUUCCUCGUGGAAAGACUAACAGAAAACGAGUUAGUUCCCAUACUUGAGAGUACUUUUCGUUUGGCCGUGGGAAAAGCAGUUUUUCAACCAGUUGCCAUUGAGGAAGCAGCAAAACUUUUGGUUAUUCCUUGCUACGAGAAGGCAAAAGCAAGAGGGGUUGAACUCCUCUCAAAUUGCGAAGACGAAGUACAGCGAAGUUUUGAAUUCUACGAACGUGUUUCGCGUUUUUGUCCCUACAGCAGCGAAGAAGAGUUUGUAAUGGCUAAAGGAGGAAGCGAAGUGAAGAAAACAUUUUCUCAUUUAGACCUUCGCCGCCGCGAGUUUGAUGCUUGGUGGCUGGAGAAGUCAGAACUCGAGCAUCUUGGAUGUGCCCUCCCAGUUCCACCUGUAAACUACCCAGAAUCUGGACAACUUCUUAGUGGUGGCGGUAUGAUUGACUUUAUGAGCGAGGUGAACAAUCAGAGGAGCAAGAUCUCAGCCUGGAAGAAGAGAACAUUAGAAAAGUUCAGCAUUCCUGUGAACUUUGAAAGACUUGUUGGUAUAUCUAGACAUCAAGCACUGUGGUAUACUUGGAAAGGAGAUCUGAAAAUGGGUGUCACUAUGCUUGAAUCAGCCAAAAAGAUUUGCGAUGACCAGAGCUCGGAGCGAACAAUGAAUGCAAGGAUUCCUGUUGUGGAACUGUUCCUUAACCUAACACAAAUCAAACUGGCGAGAAUGGGAGAGUGCGAAGGGCAGUUCAACAAGGUUGAUUGGCAGCUGUCAAAAGGUCCUCAGUGCAAAAUAUGUCAUGCUCCAGCAAAGACAGAAACAAAUGAUGCUUCUCCAGGAACAUGGAUUUUAACUUGUGUAGAGAAGGAUGGAAGAGGGAAAAUUGGAACUGACGCCACAAGGAAAACUCUUGUUACAGCACUAGCAAUUGUUAAGCAGAUUAAAGAUCUGAGCAAGUUUCAGACUACUGUUGAGUAUAGCUUAAAAUACAGCCUUGAAAUCUUCCUAGAACACUCCUUUGUGAAUCUUUACUGGGAGAAGAAACCAACUCCUCCAAUGACAGAAGUUCUUGUUGAUGAAGCAGUAAUUUUGUUUGUCAAAGCUAUUGACAGUGAAAAUUUUGAUCCAUAUGGAUGGGGAGAAUCCUGCAGAAUAAUCUUGCAAGAGUUGAUGUCGAAGCAUUGCAAUGAGAAACUUUCAGAGGGAACUAUCAGUGAUGUUGCACAACUUUUCAAGAGGGCUUUUGAAUCUCAGAUAGUCCAAAAUAUUUAUAAGAUUCAAGAAGUGCCUCAGUAUGCCAGUCUUCAUGACGACACAACCUCCUUACACCAGUUAAGCUCAGUUAUGACUGCAAUGUCUGUGGCUCCUUCCAUUGCCAACCAGUUCCUUUUUAAGUGGCAGGGCAAGACAGAUAAAGAGAAGAAGAAAGCUCUCUCUGGAAGUUUUAAUGAUUUACUUGCUGCAACAAAGAAAGUGUACGGGAGUUAUCUAAGAAACAACCUUCCUCCUUGUCUCAGUCAAAACAGUGGUUCCUCUCAAUCUGUUUGCAACAAAAAAGAAUGCGCUUGUCAAGACCUUGCAAAAUUUCAAGAUUAUGUUGUUGAUUUGUUAUCCAGUGGAAGAAACCCUGUCUCAUUCCUCAGCUGCUCAUCAGAAGGAAAUGUAACAUUAACAGCGGCUCUGUUCAUGGAUAACUCUGGUGAGCUGAUUAGUGACAUGAUGUUGUGUCAUGACAUGUACAUUUAUGAAGAGAUUAUGGAUGUUGACAACCAUGAGGAGUUUGCAAAAUGCCCCCAUCUAGCACAAUUAUGCAAAUUUGCUUGUGGUGAGAUUUAUACCAUGUUAAAGGUGAGGAUGGUUGCUGACUUCAAGGAAACCAUAUGGAGGAAGAAUGCCUCGUUAGAAAUGCGUCACUGCUUCUGCUGUGGGCAGAUGGCUAGCGAAGAUGUCAACCUGUUGAAGUGUGGUGCAUGUAAAGCUGUUGUCUAUUGUACGCUGGAGUGUCAGAAGAAGGACUGGAAGGCUGGUCACAAGCAAAAAUGUCACACUCUCAGAAAGCCUUGAUUUUGCCAUGAGGUAUGUACAUGCACAGUGGAAUCCCCAUUUUUCACACAUUUUGGUGAUUAAAAAAUUGCUUCCCAAAGAUGGGUAUAAAAUGACAGUGUCUUAGAGAAGGGACUCAUCUUUGGUUUGAAUUAUCAGGAGGUAGAGAAAUUUAGGGUUAGAGAAAUUAGGAUUCUGCUGUAGGUAUUUAAACACUUAUUGGUUGAGUCUUUCCAAUCACUUUAGUAAGAGUAUUGUUAAGUAGGUGGAGCAUGAUCACCUGGGUGAUCAUAGUCCCGAACAGGACUGUUGUUGGCAGUGACCAACGUUUUGCCAACCUGUGUGGUAGUCAUCUUCAGAGUCAAAGUGAGUUGUAUCAUAUCUGUUGAUGGUAUUUGACUCUGGUCAUUGACCUGAUUGGUCAAUUAAGUCGCAAUGUUAUGACCAAUCAGGUCAAUGACCAGAGUUUAAUACCAUUCACUCUGACUCUGAAGAUGACUACUGCACAGUCACUCAUGUCAACAACAGUCCUAUUCAGGACUACAAUCACCUGGACGAUCAUGCUCCACCUACUUAUGAAAUGACUCCUGGGUUAAAACCUUUCACAAGAGUCCCCUUGUUAAAUAUUUUUAAUAAUUUUGUUAAUAUCAGGCUUCACAGUUGGAGUUACACUUGUCCUUUUUUCUGCAGGAUUAGGCCCUUUACUUCAUUAAGAAUAAAAUAUUGUAUGUUUGAGUGCUUUUCUCUAAGAUAAAGUUUUCUGUGGGGCAAAAAUAGGGAGAAAAAAAUUCAAAAGAAGCAACCAUGACAUCUACCAGAGUUGUCAUUAAGAGCCGGGGGCCGGGGAUUUUCCCUGGCUACUAAGAGAGUGGCCCCCGGCUACUUUUAUUGGAAAAUAGAAGAAAAAUAGAACCAAAAGAAAUCCCUAGCCGUUUGAUUCUCCGCCUACUUGUUGUAUUUACCCAGCAACUUGAAAUCUUAGUGACAACCCUGCAUCUACCAUGGUAUUUAUACAGAAAUAAACACCUUGUUUAAGGAGUAAACUUACUUAUCAGAAGAGUGUAGUGUUGGGAAUCAGUCAAGAUUUCAUAUCGUUCAUCAAAAAUAAUCAGAUUGACCAAACCAAUCAAUCAUUGAUCAUAAUCAGAAAAAUCUGUUUAUGAGAAUUCAAAUUAUCAUAAUAUCUUGGAAAAAAAAAUUCCUAAUUUUAAACUUAGUUUCUUGUUUCAAGUAAACCUCAACAGCCAUUUCGUAGUCUGUAAACACAGAUGUAUUUCCAGUCGUCGCUUCGAUCUCUCCACCCGAAAAGUAACCUUUUUGGGUGGAGAGAAGCAGUGACCAAAAGAACGUCUGCAUUCAAAAGGGUAACCAUUUCAGGGCUUGAAAACAGUCCUUUCUGGUAACCAAGGACAAGUAGAUUUUCUUUCUGGGUAAGCAGCCUCUGAAGCUCACUUGCCUGAUAGACAAGGGUCCAGAGCAAGUCAUCUUGUAUUAUGUAACUAAAUCAUUAACUAAGGCAACCAACUAAUGGCCUUGGGCAAGCAAAAUGUGAAAGCUGCUGAAUUUUUACUUGUUUUUCAGCCCUGCUGUUUUCAGAAACUAUUGCUUUCUUAGCAUUUUUCAGUUUGAAAAUAUAAUAAUAAUUGAAAGUUGAAUUUCUUAUAUCGUAAUGGGCAAGAUGAACCAUAAUUGAUAAAAUUAUCCUGUUGAUCACUGUGAUAAUAGAAGCUGUUAUUUUUCUAGCUUAUCACAUUACAAGUGCAUCAGUGGUGAAGUGUGGCUGAUGCAUUCUAAGAUUAGAAACUGAUAAAUGGCAACCCUACCUGAAACAUUUCCAGACACAAAACAUUUGCAACCAGCAAAUAUAGCCUAACUGUGGCUGGAGUUAUAAUGCCAAAGCAUUAUAAGUCCAAAAUAAGUCCGUAUAAAGCAGGCAUACUCCUCUGUUCAAUAUAUAAAAAAUUUCAUAAAAGAACAGUGACUAAUACAACAUAUCCAAAAGCAAGACAUUACCAGCAAAGAAAGGAAGGUAUUGUUUACCAACAAAAUUGAAGUAAGACUUACUAAUAACCAACACAUUGUUAGGGAAAGUUACCAAGCAUUUUGUCAAGUUUCAAUGCCACUUAUAGCAAUUUGCAAAAACAAAUUUAAGAAAGUUUGUACUACUUGACCUUCCUGAUAUCACGUUUUAAGAGGAGUGGCAAUGUCAACAGGUUUUUUUGCUGAUCACAGGUUAAAUUGAAUAUGCAAAAGCUUAGUUGCAGUUAUAAAUUCAUCUAAAUGAAAAGAAGAUCAUCACAAGAGAGAUGGAACUGUAUGAGUUGUAUCUUCUUUGCACUUAUUUCUUUACUCUGGGGUUUAAAUAUAUGACGUUCAUAUAAUUACUCAUAAUCUUCAUUUCAUAAAUCCAUCUGUGGUGCUAACUAUAUUGACAAAAAAUUGACUAGACAAAUGAUAAUCUAAAAGAAUGUACAUGUAAAGGCCAUUACUAAAUAACUGGUCAAGAACUAAAACGAUUUAAUACACAUCAUAAAUUCAAAUUUAACUUUGCAAGCUCCCAAGUUUAUCUCAAGUAAAGAAGUGUUUUCGUUGUUUGUAGGUGAACAAUUGUUACAAAACAACUUGCAGCCAGUGUAAAGGUGGAUUGUUCAAUGUUGUUGUUGACCUCGGAGCUUCCUCACAAAAUGUACCAGGAUUUUUAAUUUCAUGCAAGAUAUACAAAGAUUUAUGUCCUUUUCACAGUCUCAGUUAACUACAGCAUUCAAAUUAGAACAUGGUUUACUUUUCCUUCGGAGGAGGUAACAUUGUCUCCAAAACGUUUGUUACUUUGUUUUCUUGGAAACGUUUUUUCCUGUAAAUCCAAGUUUUCACUUGUGUAUUUGAGGUGGAAUUACAUUUCUUUCUUAUCUGUGGAUUUUG